AUGAAAUUAUUACUAACUUUUGUUAUUAUAGUGCCAGAAGGCAAAGUUAUCUACCUCCACUCACAGCUUGACUAUUUCAACGAUUACAUCAUCAGUUAUCCUUCGUUCGGCAUUCCAGAACUAUCUUUGGCUUGCCGCGAAUCUAAGAGAGUCGUCUCGAAAUGGGGCAUAGGCUUGCGAUUCUGUGGCUUUGACGAGCCACUCCACUGCGAAUGGUUUGACCGCAGACGGGAUUCAAUUUACAUCCCAAGCAUUCACGUCUUCAAGGGAUGGCAUGGAUGGAAAAAGUGCAUGGAUGGCGCUACCGUGAUCCUCAACGUUCUCGAAACAAUUGAAGACCAAUAUCGCGGCAGGCUGCCAAGCAAAGCCUUUAAGUGGGCUAUACAGUCAGGAUAUUUCGAAGGUGUUCAUGCCAUCGAUCUUGCCAUGUUGACUAUCAAGUGCACCGGUGUCGGCUGGGAUAAAGAGCAUGAUGCCUUCGGCGAGGGAGGCCUUGUUGGCGUCGUGGGAUUAGAUGAUAAGAGGCUCAUUACAAUGCUACGUCCUAUUUUCAAUGCCCUCCGAAGACGUUAUAAAGAUAGGAUGGAGUUUCUACAGAAUGUGCCUCACAGACGCCCCUCGUGUUUACUGAAACGCCUCCACACCGAAUGGAAUCGCGACCUUAAGUUCUUGUUUGAGGAGCAGUGGCUUUUCUCUCAGUCGAGAGUAUCUAGGGAAGAACAAUAUGUGUCGGAACUAUUUACCGACAUCGAAUUCGGCUUCCAGGGCCGACGACGAGCAUUGGACAGAGACCACCAUACCAUACGCAAACUAAUUGAUCAGAUGCCCGAGAUUCGACCGGUUAUUGUUUUCGACAGAACACCUACACCGGUCCCAGAUCAAGCUCUAGAUGGGCCACAUCACUGGAACAAUAGAAGAGGUUAUGAUGGACUGGAGGUCAUUUCUAACCGUCGAGGUAUGGUUCUGGCAUACGAUAUCUAUGAUGGCCGUAGUUCUCAGUUUGGCUAA